UAUCGUUCGCAUCACACCCGCCGCUCAUUCUCUCGCGAACCGCCAGCACUGACGGACGUCGCCUGUCGCCAUGAUCGAUUACGCGCGCCCGUACGACGCAAACAUUAGCGAGUUCUACCAACUGCCAAACUCGCCGGCGCCCGCGCGCCUCGACGAUUUCCAAGUCUUCAAAAAGAACCACAUCACCUACACCUAUGGAAGCUACUACAACACUUACGAUGUUCUCGCCGAACCUGAAGUGGAAGCAACUGCAAACGUUUACCACAACCUCGUCAAUUCCAGAGAUUACUACAACGACAGUUGGAAAUACAAGACCGUUGUCGAAUGGAAUGCGGAUGAUACAAUCUCCUGGCUCUCCGAUUGUGCUGUUUCUCAUGGAUUCUUCGAAUACGAUAUCCCGUACUAUAAUUUCAGGAUUCCGGGAAUCGAUCUCCGAAAUCUACGGCGAGAGGACUUUCUAGACAGAAUGAGACUACAAACCAUGGACCAUUAUUUAUCAAUGAAGAUUGCUGACACUGUUUUCGAAAAGUUGCAGUGUCGACUUAAUGAUGAAAUUCACCGGCAAACGACAGUUUUCAGAUACGCGGAAGAGUCCGAUUUUUUAGACUUGGACUCUUUAGAUAAUAAUAAAAACAGGUGGAAUACACAUUCAGAAACCAAGCCGAACAUUAUUAAUUUAUUUCAAGUUGAUUCGAGUGAUGACACUGAAGAUGCUUUUGGUCCACCUGAGGCAGCCUCGCCGGAGUUUUCAUACGUGAGUGAUGGCAGUAAAUCCAGUGAUGAGGAUGAGAAGAGGAAGUUGUUCAAGCGACCUCCAGGCAGACCUAAAGGAAGCGGUAGGAGACCCAUAAAGCGACCAAAAAGUGUGUCCGUCCCAGAGUUCCUUAGAAACUUAUUGUUCGAUGAAAGAUACUGUCCGUCAAUUAUAAAAUGGGAGGAUUACUCACAAGGGAAAUUUAGAUUCGUGAAGCCAGAUGAAGUAGCAAAGCUGUGGGGUCAAAUGAAACAAAACGACAAUAUGACCUUCGAGAAGUUCAGCAGAGCAAUGCGAUAUCACUACCGGCAGUUCGUGCUCGUCUCUGUACCAACAGCGAGACUCGUCUACCAGUUCGGACACAAAGGUCCAGACUAUAAGACCGAUAACCCCAACUUCGUCAAAGUAAAGUCCGAAAUCGACGUCCCAUACUCAAACUCAUAGUUUGUUAUUCAUACGAUUAACUAACUACCAGUUUGUUUUAAAUGGGUUUGAUUUAAAUGCUCAGAAUUAGAUGUGCUCAAGGGAAGUUACUAAGGUGUGGUAGUGAAAUUGUUUCUGGUUGGAAAGUGUUGCCCAGGAGCUUAAUUGUUUGAAAUUAUUAUAGGCUAGUUUAAUGUUGAAGAGUUUGCAUGUUGAUCUUUCAAUGGUUGUAUCGAAAUAAUUGUUCCCGUCAAUUAAGGUUGUUAAAACCGGUUUGUUGAAGUGUCCAUAUUAUUUUAAGUGAGUGAAUUUUACUUAUACAUUUUCGUAAAAUUUUCAGAGUUACGAAUUUUUGAUAAACUAUUUUUGACAAUCGAAAUAUUGUUGUUACCGUAGCGUAAGCAUAUUUUUUAGGUAAUUCGAACAACAUUCCAUUUUUAAAUGCUUUAUGUUUUUUGUUAUGUGAUGCCAUACCUAAUCUAUCCGUAUAUUAAAACUGAGAUCUUAAAGGUGCUAUUCAUUUGAAGGCGAUUAGAAAAACCCGAUUAUUACGAGAAUUUUUAAUUUCGUACCUUCACUGGAAUUGUGUUGUCUAGUAUUAAUUUUAAUUUUAACGUUUAAAUAAAUCUCAGUGUUAGGUUAAGAUAUAAAAAGGCGCGAACGUGCAAUAUGACAAUGACAAGUAAAGAUCUGUAGGCCAAAGAUUAUGUAUUGAACAGAACUUCUUAACGAGUUUAUUUUAAGGUUAAUUAUGUAAGUUUUUAACUCUCUAACAAUAGCUGUGAUGUUUAGGUUAUGUUAAUAUUUUAUCUAUUUUAUGGAACGUUAUCAAUUCUUUAAUUUUUAUUUUAUAAAUUAAGCGAACUAUAUACACGCAUUUGACUUAUUGAGAUGCCAUUUUCAUUAACAAUUGAUAAAAUAUAUUCAAUGUAUGGAAACGUAAAUAGAUAUUAUUCUGCAGUAGAAUAAAGAAGUAUUGAUUUUCUUAUUGGCAUUUAAUGUCGAAAUCUAUAAUUCUAAUAAUAGUACUCUACAUCAACAUGAGAAUAAGUAAUCAAUGUAAGAGACAAUUUUUAAUUUAUUAUUUUUUAUACGAAUCUCGUUAUUGAAACACAAACACAUCACAGUUAUUUAUUAGGUUAUUGUUAAUAUUUUUGUACUAUAUUAUAUUAUGAAUAUAUUUUUAGUUCACUAAAUUUUUAUAUUGUUUACAUAAGGUAAUUGUUUUCAUAUAAAUAUCAAAUAUCACAUAAUCAAAAUAACAUUCCUCUAACAAAUUAUCUGACCUCAGUACAACGGCGUUGUCUUAAACUUUACAAUAUAAAGUCUAGUUUUGCGUAUAUUAUUUAAAUUUAAAUGUAUUACAAUAAAAUAUAUUGUCAUAAUAUUAGAUAUAGGUUACUGUAAGUUGUCUGAUUCUAUCACAAUCAUUUUAUAUUGUUACAAACAAUAAAAUUACAUUAACAUUUUUUUUUACUUGAAAUCUAUUAAUUGUACAAUUAAAAUAGAUAUCUUUUAUCUAGAGAUGAAACGAAUAGUUAUCUGGCUGAAAUCAGCAAUCUUUAAGGCCUAUUGCCGAAUACCUACUUGUUACGCUACGUCAAAAAUUGCGAUAUGUUUAUUUAGACUUCCGGUCGCGCUGAUGCCACGCGGUUUUUACCAUAAAUUACUGAUUAUGAUAGUUACUAAUGUCUUUUUCAUCACUGCAGUUUACCACUUUGAUAAUAUAGUGAGCAAAUUACAUACAAAUUCAAUAAUAAACAACAAUUUAUAAGUCUUUAAUCAAGCUAAAUAUUUUAAAAUUAUUUUAUAAAUAAUAUGUUUAUAAGCUAUUGUGUUAUGUAUAUUAUCACUUAAAAUCAGGUGACCCCCUAAACUUGCUUAACCUCUUAUUCCAUUAAUAAUUACUUGAUACUCUAACAUAUGCAAGGACUUACUGUCAUGGAAACAUGAAUGGUAAUAAUAGCAAGUCAAAUUAUAUUAUUUCUUUACAAUAAUAUAAUUUUGUAUAAAAGUAUUGAUGAUUAGACGUAACAUACUCCAUUUUUCUUAAUUAACAAAUAUAUUCCAUCUGAAUUACUAACGCCACAGAUUACGUAGAUGCUCUUAAUGAAGAUAUAUAAAAACCAUUGGCAUAAAGCCUAUGCAAUCGCUAAAUUAAAAAAAAAUAAAAGUAUACAACGAUUAAUUAAUUACCAUUAUCGCCAUCCAUAUAAAUUAUUUAUAUAACUAAUUUGUAAACUAAAAUUUUUGUACACUAAAGUCACUUCAAAGUUCACAUUAAAAUUCUAUAAUUACAAACGGAAUGCAAAAAUUUAUGGUCAUCAUGUCGAGUUAUUCUUUUUCAUGUAUUAUUUGUUUCCACCUAUGAGAUUUGUACUUAAUUAUAAUUAAACGUUACCAAGAUUCUGUUAUUUUAAUUUAAGACAUAAAUAUUCAGUUUGUUCUUAAAGUAGGUUCUAAUUAAUAAAUAUUUUUAAUCUAUGUUAAGAUUGAACUGUUGAAAUGGAUGUACCUAUUCUUAAAUAUGUCAGAUGUAAGAAAAAAAAUAUGAUUUAUAAAUGUGUAAAUAA